CAGCCCAUUGCGCCGGUCUUGAAAACGCGAGCAGAGCGCGCGGCCCGGAGCUGCUAGGAGCUCGGCGAGCUGCAAGUGGCUGAACGCAGGCCCAAUAAGAGUCUUCAGCACCUCCCCUUGGAAAAAAAAAAAGAGCGAGAAGAAGGAGAAACUCUGGUUACAAUCCCCCUCUUUUAAAAAAACAUUGGCGCAUGACAGCAAUGUAUAUAAAGCCCUAACAAGCCCGAUGCCGUUUUGAAAAGCCAGGUAGCGUAAAGGGGGGGCGGCGAGGAAGCGCCGGCUGGCGGAGAUGCCUCGUUGAGCCCGGCGAGCCGGAGCGGGCGAAGCGGCGCGCGUCAGGGGCGCGCCGGUUCGGGGAGCUGGGCUUUCCCCGGGGUGCUUUCCUCCCGCGGAGCGGAUGUGACCUUGCCCUCGCGGCCCCACGCACGGCCCUUGGCCCUCUCCCGCCUGCCCUCCCCAGCCAUGCCGCUCCUGCCGCGGGGACCCUUCCUGCUCUGCCUGGCCCUCCUGCCUCCCCUGCUCUGCGCCCCGACGGAGACGGAGAUCGUCACCCCCAUCCGCUUAGCCCCGGACCUCAACGGGCGGCAGUAUUUGCAGCGGGGCCCGGAGGAUCCCCCCCAGCGCGGGGCCAUCUUCCAAAUCACCGCCUUCCGCGAGGAUUUCUACUUGAACCUGAGCCCGGACGCUCAGUUCCUGGCGCCCGCCUUCGCCACGCAAUACCUGGGCGCCUCGACGGGCAGCGCCGCCCGGGGCGACGGGGGCGACUUGCGCCACUGCUUCUACUCCGGGGACGUCAACUCGGACCGGGACUCCUUCGCCGCCCUGAGCCUCUGCGGGGGGCUGACGGGGGCUUUCGGCUAUCGGGGCUCUGAGUAUCUCAUCAGCCCCUUCAAGAACGACAGCGGGAACCGGGCGCUGUGGAGCAACCAAGGGGAGCACCUGUUGCAGCGCCGCAGCGCGCCCAGCCACGCCGCCCCGACCUCCCGGUGCGGCGUGGGCUCCAGCUUGAACCCGGCCAUCCUGCAAGCCCUGGCGAAGUACAAGGGCUCCCAGGCCGCCGGCUGGGGGAGGCAGCAAGGCAACGAGACGGCCCGCCGGCUGGCCAGGAAAGCCGGCCGCGCCAAGCGCUUCGUCUCCAUCCCCAGGUACGUGGAGACGCUGGUGGUGGCCGACGAGUCCAUGGUCAAGUUCCACGGGGACGACCUCCAGCACUACCUCCUCACCCUGAUGGCAACGGCGGCCCGGCUCUACCGGCACCCCAGCAUCCAGAACCCCAUCAGCCUGGCGGUGGUCAAGUUCAUGGUCAUCGGGCAGGACGACAAAGGGCCCAAGGUGACGGGCAACGCCGCCCUCACCCUGCGGAAUUUCUGCGUCUGGCAGAAGAAGUGGAACAAGGGCAACGACAAGCACCCCGAGUAUUGGGACACGGCCAUCCUCUUUACCAAACAGGAUUUGUGUGGCGCAACCACCUGUGACACCUUAGGAAUGGCAGAUGUCGGUACCAUGUGUGAUCCCAAACGCAGCUGUUCCGUUAUUGAAGAUGAUGGCCUUCCUUCUGCUUUUACUACAGCUCACGAGCUAGGGCACGUGUUCAACAUGCCCCAUGACAAUGUGAAGGUCUGCGAGGAGGUCUUUGGUAGGCUGAGGACCAACCACAUGAUGUCGCCCACCCUCAUCCAGAUUGACCGCACCAGCCCUUGGUCAGCUUGCAGCGCUGCCAUCAUCACCGACUUCCUGGACAGCGGACAUGGUGACUGCCUCUUGGAUCAACCCACCAAGCCUAUCCCGUUGCCGGAAAACCUUCCUGGUGCCAACUACAACCUCAACCAGCAAUGUGAGCUGGCCUUUGGCAUUGGCUCCAAACCCUGCCCAUACAUGCAGUACUGCACUAAGUUGUGGUGCACGGGGAAGGCUCGCGGCCACAUCAUGUGUCAGACACGCCACUUCCCCUGGGCCGAUGGCACCAGCUGUGGAGAAGGCAGGUUCUGCUUGAAGGGUGCCUGUGUCGAGAGGCAUAACAUCAGUAAGUACCGGGUGGAUGGCAACUGGGGGAAGUGGGCGCCCUACGGCCAAUGCUCUCGGACCUGUGGCGGAGGAGUCCAGCUGGCGAAGCGUGAAUGCAACAACCCACCCCCAGCCAAUGAAGGGAGGUACUGCGAAGGAGUCCGAGUGAAAUAUCGCUCCUGUGGUCUGGACCCCUGCUCUGAUUCGGUCCCAGGGAAGAGCUUUCGGGAAGAACAGUGUGAAGCUUUUAACGGCUACAACCACAGCACAAACCGGCUCACCGCCACAGUCUCUUGGGUCCCCAAGUAUUCUGGAGUGUCUCCACGGGACAAGUGUAAGCUCAUAUGCAGAGCCAAUGGAACUGGGUACUUUUAUGUCUUGGCACCAAAGGUUGUGGAUGGCACGCCAUGCUCUCCAGACUCCACCUCGCUAUGUGUCCAGGGCAAAUGUAUCAAAGCUGGAUGUGAUGGGAAACUGGGUUCCAAAAAGAAGUUUGACAAAUGUGGGGUGUGUGGAGGAGACAACAAGAGCUGCAAGAAGGUCUCUGGCUUGUUCACCAAACCCAUGCAUGGCUACAACUUUGUAGUGCUCAUCCCAGCUGGUGCUUCCAGCAUUGACAUCAGGCAGCGAGGCUACAAGGGCUUGAUCAGUGAUGACAACUACCUGGCUGUGAAAAAUGGGCAUGGUAAAUAUCUCCUGAACGGGCAUUUCAUCGUCUCAGCGGUGGAGAGGGAUCUUCUGGUCAAGGGGAGCGUCCUGCGCUACAGUGGAACCGGGACGGCCGUGGAGAGCCUCCAAGCCUUUAUGCCCAUCCAGGAGCCCUUGACGGUGGAGGUGUUGUCAGUGGGGAAGAUGACUCCACCUCGGGUGCGCUACUCUUUCUACUUACCCAAGGAAAGCAAAGAGGACAAGUCUUCAUACCGCAAAGAUGGGAAGCGCCCACCAGUCCUCAACAACAGCAUCCUCACUCUCUCCAAUCGCCUGGAUACAGGCAGGCCGGAUUACAAACGCCCCUCUUACAAAUGGGCCACCACCAGCUGGGAGGACUGUUCUGUGACCUGUGGCAACGGGCUGCAGAAGCGCAUGGUGCUCUGCCGUGACACCCUCGGCCAGCUGGCCUCCGCAUGCGAUGUUGCUCAGCGGCCCACCAACAUCAGGAUAUGCGGGGAUCCUUGCCCUGUGUGGGAGGCCUCCCCCUGGUCGUCAUGCUCGAAAACCUGCGGUCGGGGUUUCAAGCGGCGCAUGCUGAAGUGCACAGGGAGGGGGGGCCUCUUGUUGCCCCGCGAUCGCUGCAACCUCAGGAAGAAACCACAGGAGCUGGACUUUUGCACCCUGAGGCCGUGCUGACUGGGCUGGACCCACAUCUGACCAAGGCGUAAUGAGCAUCAUUCCGGCUCUUGAUGAUCAAGUGGCUGAAAGUGUACAAAAUAGCCUCCGGGGGGAGGGAAAGGGAGUCGACUGAGUGGAAGGGGAUCUGUUACAUAGCGCAUUUUGACAAACAAAAGGAUUUUGAACGGGCAGAAGGAGAGAGGAGAGUACCAAUGAGAAGGGGAAGAGUAGGGUUCUUUGAUGACCUGGGCGCUCAGUGGUGAAGCAGGAAUAAACAACUACCUCGAAGCUGCCAAGCCACCCAAACUCCAACAUGGCCUAACGUGGUGCAUUCUGCAGCCAUGACGGAGAUAGGCAAGAUUAGAUUUGAGAGAAGUUGCCGUCCAAGAUGAACCAAAGACAAUGGCGGUCUUUCCAUAGAUCAGGGCCCCAAUCCCUUCCAAAGUACAAAAGGAGCCAUCUCCUAUUGGGGACCCAUCCCCUCCUCCCCAACACCCUCAUGCUAUACAGGACCAUAAGGAAUUAGCAUUGCACCCGUAACAAAAUGCAAGGCUUUCCAAAUGGUGCAAUAAGGUACCCUAAAGGCCUACCAGCAAGUGACUCCCCAGUCCUGAUUGCAUUGCGGGUAUCUUGACACUUUUCCCCUCUUGUUGCUUUCUUGCUUCUGUGCAGGACUGACAACUGAUCAUUUGCUUUAUUUCUGUUAAUGUUUAUGGGCCAAACAAAUGUAGAUUUCAAUGGUGCUUCUCCCCUUUUCCCCUUUAGUCCUCCACAGUUGAAGCAAACCAUUUUAGUUGCCUGUUUCCCUUGCUACCUCCCAUGAGAUUGUGCCAUGGGGGGGAUUUAUCUCCCCUACCCACAUGUUUGUGUGCAUGUGCACACUGACAUGCAGAUGAGAUUUAGAAAACCUGCAUUCUUCUUUACUCUGUAGUUACUCAAAACCACACAUCUUCCAAAUUCACUGUUGUAUAUGAGUGUUUCCAGAGAUCAUGGAAGCCUGUGCAAAAUACCUGUGAAUCUGAAUGUCUCUUCAGGUCUGGAGUGGUCUGGAUAUUUGCCAGGCGCACUUUGUACUGUGCAUGAAAAAUCUUUAAGGUUCAGAUUGAUGUUCCCACAAUCAGUGGAGACUGGUGGCUCCGAUGUGAGUUGGGCAGUGGAUCCACUCCAUGUUUUAGGCUGAACUUUAAAGGAGCUUUCCAAGGUGCUUCUGCACCUUGAAAGUUCAGACUAAAACCCGGAGUGGAUUUACAGCCCCACUGACAUUGGAGCCACCAGUCUCCAUUGCCCACAAUGAUCCUUGUGUGCUACUUGAACAAUUUGGUGGGGUGAGAGCAGUGAGUCAGGUGGAAAUUUUACAGUUGUUCUGAUGCCCAGGGCUAAAUCAACCAUUGCGCUGAGUACACUGUAGCGAAGUUUCCCCAUUAUACUCUGGAGCAUAUGAGUGUGAUAUUGCACCUUAGAUUAGCCUUUCCCAACCUUUGGGUCCCCAGAUGUUAGACUACAGUUCCUAUCAGCCCCAGCCAGCAUGGCCAAUGGUCAGGAAUGAUGGGCAUUGUAGUCCAGCAAUAUCUGGGGAUCCAAAGGUUGGGAAAGGCUGCCUUAGAGUUUUGUCCCUUAUCUCUCCAAGCUAGAUUACUAUGGUGGUUCCUUUAUAACAAGAAUACCAUGGUUGUUUCCAACAUAAGAACGGCCUUAGUAUGACAUAAGUUGUAUAGGUCUGUCUUAGGACAGGGUGGUCAAACUUCAAGCGGGAUCUACUUUGUUUUCCCCUUGAAUCCCAAAGUCCACCAGCUGGACCUAGGGGUGGGAGAGAAAUCCAAUUUAGUUCGCAUUUAAAUUGGAAUUCAUCAAAUUUUUACUUUCCAAAGCAAUACGAGAACUGAAACAUGUCCAUCCUUCAAAAUGCGCACUUACCUGAAUUUUGUGAUGCAGCUCUCCAGCCAAACAAUGUUUACAAAAUGCAUACAUGAAAAGGAACAUAAAAUGAAUAUAUUAGUGAGAAUAACACACAAAAAUGAGGAGAAAUGGCUUGGAAAGCUGUGUACAUUAGUCAAAGCUGCCUGCAAAAAUAUGUUUUAUUAGGAGAAAUUCACACUAAAGUACCGAAGAAUUUUCAUGAGGGUUUUACAAAAAAAUUGCAAAGAUUUGCAGGUAUGUGGUGAACUGAUGUUAAGACUGGAAAAAUGAAAAACAGAGAACUGAAAUUGACAGAUCCUUCCAGCCUUACCUGGAGCCAGGUGCAUAAUACUGGCUUGGAAAGAGGGCCAGGCAUACACUUAGAAGAAAGGAAGAGGGCACCUCUGAGUGCCUCUUAAUCCAGAAAUUUGUUUUCAGUACCGGAACUGAUUGCACAGUCCUUCCACACAAAAAUCUGUUCCUUGUUUUCUUUGUUCUUUUUAAAGUUGUUGCUGCUGUUAAACAACUGGGGCAGAAACCCUGGAUGAUCUACAGCAAAUCAGCCAGAGAUCUACCAGUAGAUCUACUUACUACCCACCCAUGUCCAAGGCCCCCUAUGCCUUUCAGUUCAGCUCUUCUGGUGCUUUUUCUGCGUCUGUAAAUGAAUGAGUCAACACUACCAAUAUCCUCCUCCUCAAAUGAUUUUUCCCAGAAGAAAUAAUGUCAGUGGCUUUGUUCAUUUCUGUGCCACAUGUAGCAAAUAUAGGGAUCUUUGCUUUCAAAAUGGAGAAGGUCCCAGUUUCAACCCCUGGCACCCCCAGGUAGGGCUGAGAAUGUUCCCCGUCUGAAACCCUGGAGAGCCACUGCCAGCCAGUAUAGACCGCUGUUCUUCAAUUUUGGGUGCCCAGAUGUUCUUGGACUACAGCUCCCAUCAUCCCCAGCCUGCUUAGCCACUGGUCAAGUUGUAGUCCAUGGGAGUGGUAGUCCAAUAACAUCUGGGGACCCAAAGUUGAAGAACACUGGUAUAGAAUAUACUGAGCUAGCUGGACUUGUAGUCUGAUUCAGUAUAAGGCACCUUUCUGUGUUCUGGAUGGUGAGAAGGAAAAACUGUGAAGAUACUGUGUUGAAUUUGUAUCAAUGUGGUGACCAUGGAAGGGACAGUUAUUGGAUGGCGUAGGAUGUUUUCAGCUGGCAUUCUCCACUAAUAGUACCAUGUGACCAAAGUUCUAGAUCCUUGCUAUCGAGCUUCUAGACCACUGUUUAGAAUUAUUGAAUGGUCAGGUUAAAUGGGAUCUAAACAUAAUCUAUCUAGACCAAACCAAAUUUGGGAUUGUUCAUGUCUUUUUGCUUCCAUAUUCUUACUGGGAACAUCACACUAAACACAUCCAAAAAGGGUGUAAUCUUUAACACUUUGCCCAUGAUAAUCUUCUGGAGUCCCAGACAUCAAUUUUAAAAAAUGGAUCAAUUGUCUGGCUUUUUUAACAAAUUAUUUUAGUCAGAAGAGCUUGGCUGGGCUGUCUAAUAGAGAAAUCUCAGCUCCUUCACCAAGAUUUUCUUUGCGGGAUGCCAUGGCAGUAAAACUGGUAUAAAACCUAUAUGAGUUUGUAGUGUGGAUGUGUCCCUGAGAUGUUGGUAAAUCCAGACAUGACUAUCCAGGGCAGUUCUUUCCCCUUCAGUCCAUGCAUUCAUGUACAGCUGCAUCGAACUGUAGAAGGAAUCCAUAGUUAAUUCAGAUGCCUUAUGGGUGGCCUUCCACAUGAUGGCUGUGCGGAAAGACAAAGUGGUUGUUCACAGCCAAUCAGCAAGCCACAGCUGUGAUCAGGAAGACAAAAGAAAGGUUAAGAAUUGCUGUCGUAGGCUAUAAAGAUACUGCCAUACAAACCCAAAACCAUUGGAGGAAGAGAAGAUGGUGGUGUGUGUGUGUCUGAAGAUGAAGGGCAGGAUGUGUGAGCAUUCAGAGGGUCUGAAAAACUGGUGACAGGCUUGGGUAACUGGACAGCAGAAUGAAGCUAUAUGCUAGACUAGUUGCAAAACUCUGUAGCACUGCAGACAACCUGCAUUUCCAAGUACCGCAUAGUCCAGGAAUAGUCAAUGUGGUGCUUUCCAGAUGUUGGACUACAACUCCCACAAUUGGUGAUCAUUGGCUAUGCUGGCUGGUGCUGAUGGAAGCUGGACAUCUGGAGGACUCCAUGUUGUCUACCUUGUCUUAGGAUGUAUCCCUUCCCUACAAAUAUAUAGCAGUUUUGUUCCAGUAUGUGUCAUGCCUCCCAGCAAGAAUUGUAGUUUCACAAAGGUGCUAAGAAUUGUCCAGGAGAGGUCCUAUCCCCUUUGAUUCCCAAGUUUGGGGAGAGGAAACAGUGGUUAAACCAAUUUAGGUCUAUAGUUUAAAAUAUCCUCUGAGUUCUUCCACUAGCUGUCCUAGUGGAUGCUUUGUAGACCAUGUGUAGAUUCUUCUCCAUAGGAUCUAAUCAUAGUUCAUCUACCACAAUGACCACCACUCUUCCCAAGCCAUUGUGCAAUUGUUGGUCACAAAAUUCUUCCAGGGCAAGGGCUGUUCAUCCUACCUUUCUUUCCUUGGGUCUACAAUGGCAGAAGCAAUUAUUCAAUGUAAAGAGAUUACAUCUGCGUAUAAUCCUUCCAUUGAGAGAUGUGACCAAAGUGACAUCUGUUUGGCAGAGAGAAAGGAGUAUUAGAUCUAAGGCUUGCGGUUUCAAGUGAGGAGCUUGCCAGUUAAAACAGCUUUUAUUAGGACCGAGAGAAAUUUAUUGGCAGUCCCACUGACAACCAGUUGCAUCUGUCAACAUUUAUUAUUGCAGCUCUAGACAUCGUGGGGGCAGGGAUGGGGAACCUGUGGCCCUCCAGAUGAUGUUGGACUCCAGCUCCCAUCAGCCCCAACCAGUGCAGCCAAUAGCUAGGGAUGAUGGAAGUUGCAGUCUAGUAACAUCUAGAGAGCCAUAGGUUCCCUAGCCUGGCCCUAGGAUCUUUCUACACUGCAAAUUUAACAUCGAGUUUAUACCAGUUUUACCAGGUUUGUAAGCAGCUUCUUGCUUGGUCUCCAAUGAUGAGUUAGAAUCACCGCUAGGCAACCAAAAAAGGAAGCUGGACCACAAAGAAGUAACAAACUUGUGUGUGGUGUGAUGGGUUAGUACACUUUACAAAUGUGCUCGCACUGAUGCAUUGUGGAUUCACUCCAAAGAAUCCUGGGAACUGUAGUUUGGUGCUGAGGAGUCUCAGUUAGAAAUCCUAGCUUUACAGAUCUACAGUUCCCUGGGGCAGAGGGAAUGAUCUGCUCUAAUUGUGUAGUACAGAUAUGGUUAUAGUAUCUGUUAGUUGCAUAGAUCUCAAGUUGACUUGCUUUGUUCCCUGAACGUGCGUUUUAAUUGGUAGGUCUUUGUAUUCUUACCCAGCGAUGCAUUCGUUGGCUUCUGAUUUUCUCAGAGGCUUCCCUUUAACAUUUUAAGAUCAAAACUGUUUCCAUAAACUGUUUCCAUAAACUAUGCAGCACUGACAUCCUUGCCUGUUGCAGUGUGUUUGGGGAGGGAGGGGCUUGUAAUUUUUUUUUAAAAAAAACUGGCUCUUUUGCAAGAUAUACAGCAAAAGGAUGGAAAUGCCUAUUGUACUGGCUGCUUUGUGUAUACCAUGUAUACUAUAUGUUGGUCUCUGCUGUUUGUGUGGUGA